GUUGACAUCACCAAUGAAUCGGUUGUCCGAUUGCAUCACAUCCUCGUGUCUAAUGUCUGUGUCUAUUGUCUCUCCCAUUUGGUCCAUAUCUGCCAUAUUGACCAUCACUUGAAGGCAGUGAACGCCAAAACUCGUGGCAAUGAGUUCUACAAGAAGAAGGAGUUCAAGGAAGCGCUCGCAGAGUACGACCGCGCCAUCGGUCUCGACCCAAAUGACAUGACUUAUCUCCUGAACCGCGCGGCCGUCCAUUUCGAGCUCAAAGACUUCGAGGAAUGCGUCAAACAGUGCGAGAAAGCCAUCGAAGUCGGCCGCGAGAACCGGCAGGAGUACACCAUUAUUGCCAAAGCCUACUCCCGAAUGGCGAACGCUUACUAUAAGAUGGAGGACUUGGAUAACGCGAAGACCUAUUUCCAGAAGUCACUGACAGAACACCGAACCCCCGAAACACUCACAAAACUGACUGAAAUUGAGAAGACGUUGAAAGAGAAGGAACGCCUGAAAUACAUAAACCCAGAGAAAGCUCUCGAAGAGAAGACUUUAGGCAACGAUUUGUUUAGUAAAGGUGAUUACCCGAAUGCCAUUAAACACUACUCCGAAGCCAUUUUACGCAAUCCGGACGACGCGAAGCUCUUCUCGAACCGCGCGGCCUGUUAUCAAAAGUUGGCUGAAUUUCAAUUGGCGCUCAGGGAUUGCGACAAAUGUAUUCAAUUAGAUCCCAAUUUCGUGAAAGGCUAUACGAGGAGAGGGUUGGCAUUGAUUGCGAUGAAGGAGUUCUCGAAAGCACAGGCGGCUUACGAAAAGGCUCUCGAAAUUGACAAAAAUAAUCAGGAAGCGAUCGAAGGCUUCAAGAAGUGUAUUCUGAGCUCCAGUUCCAAUCCGGACGAAGUGCGCAAACGAGCGAUGGCUGACCCAGAGGUGCAACAGAUCCUGUCCGACCCGGCUAUGCGUCUCAUUCUGGAACAAAUGCAAACCGAUCCUAAAGCUGUUCAGGAACACCUAAAGAAUCCGGAAAUCCAAUCUAAGAUUUACAAACUAAUGGAGUCGGGACUCAUAGCCAUCCGAUGAGACUCCACUCCACACGACCACCAGUAGAUGGAUAGUCGCCACGCAAUUGAUCCAAAACUAUUUGUUUAUACUUUUGUUGUUAACCUUUUUUCUGAUAAUUUUUCUCACUUUCCCUUCUAUUCCUGUAUUAGUGUUCAAGUCUUAAGACAACAAAUUCUCACUAAAAAUGAAGUGUUUUUUAACUACAGU